UGCUCAGAUGACUGCACUUUUGCUCAUUUUCUUCCUCCUAAGUCCAAGCCUUAGUGAAGACACAGUAAAAGAGGACUUAGGAUCCCAUCAGCUACAGCGACUAGUGGAUCUGCUGACAGUUUAUGAGUGCGAAGAGCUUAUAAUGACACUUUCCAACCCUGAAGAAAAUAUCUUCCAUCAACUCUCACGUUUGUCUGAAGAGAUGAACCAACUCAGACUACCAUCCCGCACCCCAAGAAAUGCAGAUAAAGAGUCCCACUGCCAUUCAGUUCUGAUAGACUGGCUCCAGACUCAUGGUGAACAGAUGUACUAUGACAGACUGUCUCGCACUCUUCAACAGAUUGGAAGGACUGACAUUGCAAUAGAGAUGGGUAAGAACAUUAACCAGGACAAGACUCUAGCCAUGCAGCGCUAUGUCGAAGAAUACCAUGAGCAGGUCAACAAAAUUGCAUCUCAGCUAGUGCACACUCAAGCCGAGGAGACAAGUCACAAAAAAACACAUUCUGCAAAACAAGUGAGAAGCUUGUCCUGGAAGGAUUUGGACCUUGUGGUGGAGCGUCAACCAAUGCCACCCUAUCAACGCCACAUGCUGGAUGGUGCAUGGCCUCUGUUGUAUGGCCUUUUCCUUGGAGUUGUUGGUGCACUGCUCUUAAGCAUAUUAGUCUUUUGUCUUACAUCUACUACGAUCACCAGGUGAUCUCUCUGGUCAAAACUAAUUUAAUAAUAAUUCCUGCAUUACACCAUCAUUCCUUGACUUUACUCGAUUCCUUACACCUUAUGUACUAGAAAUAGUUACUACUUCUACUGAGACCUGAAACGCAGAACAAACAAAAUGCAUUUUAUUUAAUUAGCAUGAGACAAUAUUCCCUACAAAAUAAUCAUAAACAAGUUUGUGCUUUAGUUGAUUUUACCAUUAUAUUUUGUAUCCUGUACAAUCUAAAAGUGUUAAAAUGUAAAUGUUAAAAUGCUCAUAACAUACCUUCUCUUUAUUUGCCAUCAUUUACAUGAAUAUACACGUUCAAAUUUGGGUAUAAAACUGAG